CUUGUCAAUGCCUUGUUUGAUGCAAUUCAAUACCAGCAUAAGGAUAUUGUGCUACGCCGAAUCACAGAGGUGGCUCGAACUGUUCUUCUGAUACACAACUUCACGCGAGAUGAUAUUACUAGUAGUCCAUCUAAAGCACUUAAGCUGCAGAAGUUGAUUCUGUCAGCACAGUUUGCCGCCGAAACCCAACAAUCCUAUAUGCCAGUUCUAUCUGAUAGGUCCGGUAUUGAUCCUAUUAUCUACGCCACCAUUUAUGGGCCCCCGCAUGGUCGAGAGUCUUUGGAAAGCACAAGACAAUGGCAAAUUUUGCGCAGUCGAAUGAUGAAUUCGUUGGUGAUAUUGUGUCCACCGCAUCAGGAAUGGCUGACGGACGAUGGAACACGGUUAGUGGCGAGUAGCUGGAAGGACUGGCAGGAGACACAUACCACAUUUUGCCAGGUUUUGGCAGAGAACAGCAUUCCAUUCGUUGCGCUUCCAGAUCACCUGUUGGAGUUACAGGACCGGGUGGAUUUCGUGUUUCGGGAGUGGACCACUGCUUUCCCACGAGUGAUCACAAAUACACCAUCAGUUUCUAGGGGCCUAUCCGACCAGCCCAACCAACAACUAGUAGGAGAUGCAUCCAACUCAUAGAGCUUGGUAUGAAGAACGUCUACUCAGAAGGGGAUUAC